AUGUCCAAGAUCGCUGUCGUCGUUUUCUCGCUCUAUGGCCACGUUGCCAAGCUUUCGGAAUCGGUCAAGGAGGGAAUUGCCUCGACUGGUGCUACCGUCGACGUUUACCAGAUCCCUGAGACGCUCUCUGAUGAGGUCUUGGCCAAGAUGCACGCCAACAAGGCUCCCAUCUCGUCUCUCCCCGUCAUUACGCCCCAGAAGCUUGCCGAGUACGAUGGGUUUAUCUUUGGUUUCCCCACUCGCUACGGUCGUGCGCCUGCUCAGGUAUCGGCCUUCUUUGACCAGACCGGUGGACUCUGGGCGUCUGGUGCUCUGAUCGGCAAGUUUGGUGCCAUCUUCACCUCGACCGGCUCACAACACGGCGGUAACGAGACGACGCACCUCACCACGCUUCCUUUCUUCGUCCACCACGGUGUCAACUUUGUACCAUUUGGUUACCGCGCGUUUGCCGACCAGACCAAUCUCGAGAAGAUCCACGGUGUUUCUCCCUACGGUGCCGGAACCAUCGCCGCCGGUGACGGUAGCCGACAGCCCAUCGACAUUGACCUCUCGGCCGCCAAGCUUCAGGGCGAGCACUUUGCCCAGAUCGUCAACACCUACGUCAAGGGCAAGUCGGCUUAA